AUGAGCCUCUCGCCGCCGGAGCGGGGCCUCCCCCUCCGGGGAAAGGGGGGCAGCCGGCCCUGCAACCUCGUCCGGGUCUUUGUGAGCUCAACGCCUUCAGGUGCCCCCCGAUGUGCCGCAGAGGGUGGGGGGCAGGCAGGCAGGAAGAGCUCUGGGCGUGGGGUGCAGGGCUAGGCUGGGCCUCAUAAGAUCAGAGAUGGAAGGGAACCCAGCGGUCAUCUAGCCCAACCCCAAACUUGCCAUGCUGAGAUCUCGCCCAAAGCAUCCCUGACAUUUGGCACGAUCAUUGGAGAGAUGAGAAUUUGAGCAGGGGGGUCAAAUCGGAGCCAACCAAAUUUUAAUUUCCUUCCUUCCUUCUUUUUCCCCCUUUUUAUUCUUGUUCUUCCUUUCUUUUCCCUAUUUAUAAUUUUGUGUUUUCCCGUAUUUUGGCAUUUCAUAACUCACUGUAAGGUAUGUGUUGAAGGCAAUGCACAAUUCUUUUGUUUCUUUAUUGUUUGCGCAAUCAUAUUUUAUUUUGUACGUAUGUAAUAUGUAUAUUGCAAAUAACAAAAAUGAAACAAUAAACAGAUUGGAGGCGCCUCAGAGGGCAGCGCAGCGCAGUGGUUAGAGUGUCUGUCGGUCAGGGCUUGGCAAAAAGAGAGAGGGUCGAGAUAGUGAAUUUUUGGGUCUAAUGGGGAUGUAAAAGGGUUUGGAUUAUUAUUUUUUGAAAAUGGAUGAAAUGGUUAACAAUAGGCAGUCCUUUUUUCCCUGGGGGGGGGCGCAGGGGUACGCAUACCCCUAAACAUUUUGUGAAUCAUUUGUACUUUUGUCCAUUUGCUGUAUUUAUUUCCCCCGAUUCGAACUAGAAAAUGGUGGUUUUCUUGAGUCGAAAUGAGAGUAUCUCUAAACAUUUUUUUAAGGGGGGGAAAAAGCAAUGACAAUAGGUCCCAAAAGGGGGGGGGGACCGUCCAGGAGAUUCUUUCGAAUUGUUUUUAUUAGGUAUGUUGGAGAUCUGGUUGUAAAACUUCAACUGGGAAAACCAAAUGAAUACAUUUAUAGAAAUAAUUUUUAAAAAAGGAGAGAGAGCAGGGUUCGAAUCCUGCCGCUCAGCCGGCGUGAAAUUCUCCUUGGGGGUGUGACCUGUUGUGGGGCUGCCCCUCUUGGCUCGACCUGCCUCGUUGUGGGGAGAAGCACGUGGGCUGCCUUUGAGUGACAUAAAUAAAUUUGGGGCCCCUCGCAAGCAGAAAGCUAGCAGCUCAAAAGCCCCCCUUCUCCGAUUCUUCGGUUACAGACAUGGAGGCAGAAAGAGAGGCUCUGAUGGAGUCGGCAUACCCCGAAGUCCAGGCCUUUUGCCAGAAACACGGCUUGAUGUUUGAGGUGAGGACCCCCCCUCAAAAAAAACCCACCCCUAUCUCAGCUCAGAGCCAGCUGAACGCGCCUCUGGGAGCAGAAGGGGUAUUUCGAACACAGGACCGGGGGAAAAAAGAUAUCCAUCCUUCUGACGCACUUUUGAAGCGCAUUGAGAACCCUGGGAACUUUCUUCCCCCAAAAGCCGGAAGAAUUCUUGCUAGGUUUGGUGGGAGAAGAUAUUAAGAAGAUGGAUCAAAGAUUAUAUUUAUAUGCAGCAACAGCAGCUAGAGUUCAGGAGGAGACAAAGCACCAAAAAGAAUGGAGUCAAUUUAUGGUUUAUAUAAGUGAGAGCUGUACAAAUUUGAAAACUUUGGCAGGAUUGAAGUAAAUCUUACGUCAUGUUGUAAUAUCUAAUCAAAGAAAAUGUGAAUUAUAGAACGGAAUAGGAAAACUGGUGGAAGGGAAGGACGGAAGUCAACAGCUCUACGGAGCAUAAAGUAUUUUUUUUUUAAUUAAUAUUUAUUAAAGUUUCAGAAAGAAUAAAAUCACAUUAAUAAACACACAAAUUUUAACAAAAACAGAGAAAAAUACAAAAUACAAAGUACAGAAUAGAAAAAAGUAAAAAAGGAGAAAAAAAAAGAGAAAACAGUUAAAAAUAGUUCCGUCCUUUCAUAACCUCUUUUGAAUUUACCGUACUUGUUUCCCGGACUUCCUCAUACCUCCCUCUUUUGUAUUCCAAUUCAGUUUGUAAACCCAGCAAUUUCUUACCCUCCUUUUUAAUUCCAAUUCUAAAUCUUGAUAUAUUAUGCCAUCAUAAAGUAGGAUAUAUGUAAUAAGAUUUGAUGUUUAAUUGGUGGUGGUGGGUGAUCUUAAAUCUCAAUAAAAAUUAUUAUUAAAAAAAGAGAGAAUCCUGGGGACUAUAGUUUCCCCGGGAGGGGUCUUUCAAGACCCACCAAGCAGGUGGCGCGACGGCGCAGGAUUCCUUCCCCUGCCUCCAAACUUGCUAACUCCCCCCCUCCGCCGAAUCCGGUCCAGGUCAUUGAUUUGAGAUGGGGCAUCCGUGACGUCACAGGCGCUGGCCAAGAGGCCCUCUUUCUGGACGAGAUUCGGCGCUGCCAGGAGCUCUCGGUGGGGCCCAGUUUCGUGGUGAGUGCCGGCGUCUCCUCCUUAAGGGGGGGGCUCACCGGGGGUCAAGGGAGGCUUCUAUGGGGCUGGGGAAGGGGUUCUCGCAAGAAUCUCUGCCCCCCUGCGGUCGGAGGCAGCGAUGCUUUUGAAUGCCGGUCGCUGGAGAGAGGGCUCUGGGUUCGAAUCCCACUUGGCGUUCCCAUAAUGGACAUCGGGUCGGCCGCUGUGACUUAGAUGAAUCCCCUCUUUGACUGCUGCAGGGCUCUUCUGAAUUUCCUAGGAUUCCUCCACGGAGCCUCCUUGGAUAGGAGCAGCCUACCUUAAAAAAAGAGGGAGAGCAAGAAUGGGAGGAAGAACCUGGACUUAGAUGGGCUCCUCUUGGGCCUGAUCCAGCUGCUGUUGCCACAGGGCUCUUCUGAGUUUCCUAGGGUUCCUCAAUGGAGCCUCCCUGGGCAGGAGCAGUCUACCUUAGAGAGGUAGAGAGCCAAAAAUUGGUCAUUGCUCUUGCCUCCGGCUUGGGGGCUCGUGAGAGCAGGAGGCUGGACUUAGAUGGACCCCUCUUUGCCCCUCUCUCGCCCCCCCAGGCUCUCCUCGGGAGCCGCUACGGCCCCUGCCCGGCCCCCGCAACCAUCGGGGAGGAGGAAUUCGAGGUCCUGGCGGCCCAGUUGCAGCAGGAGGAGCCGCAGGCGUUGCAGAUGCUGACCCGGCGGUACCUGAAGGACGAGAACGCCGCCCCUCCGGUGUACGCCCUCCAACGCCCCCUGCCCCACGGCGAGGAGCAGAGUUUGGUCCUGUCCCUGCGCAGAGCGGCCCGGGAGGCGGAGAGGAAGGGGUUGAUUGGCCAGUGUCAGCGACUGCGCUACCACAAAUCAGGUGUGUGUCUGUGGCUGGCCCGUUUCUGCAAGGAAAUUCCCCUCCUCUAAUUUGAUGCAUCGUUUUAUUGUCACGAUUACUAAUAUAUUUAAGAAUAGUCAUAAUUAUAGAUUAUAUAAGGGACUCUUUUUCAGCCGGAACUCAGUUCUGGUAGAGAGAACGAGUGAGUUCUGGCACCUCUUUUUAAUAAUAAUAAUAAUAAUAACAACAACAACAAUAAUAAUAUUUUUGUAAUUCCCCCCGUUCUUUAAUUUUAUUUUGAGUUUCGCAGCGCACACACUCAUAAAACUAAACAUAGAACUACUAACACACAACCAAAAAGAAAGCACAAGAAGAAAUGCAAAUAAAACAUAGCUACGUACGGAAACUUAUGCAGAACAAAUAAUCAACAAUAUAUAUAUACCGUAUUUUGCUUCUUCUCUUCCAAUCGACUUCCUUCAUCCUCAACACGGUUCUCUUUUCCUUUUUAGCAAGCUGUCUCCUCCUUAAUCCGCAAUCGCCCCUUUUCCUUUCUGUUUUCAAUUUAAGCACCAGAAUAUAUUUUGCAAGAGUUAAUCAAAACAACUCCAAUUAUCAAUUUGAGGGCCCUGCUUUUCAGGGUAUAUUCUCCUUAUUUUCCCCAUUCUGUUUGGGCUGAUGGGGCUUUUGUGAUUCCAGGACUGUCCCGGGGAAACCGGGACACUUGUCAGGUAUAAUAAUAAUAAAUAAUAAAAUUUUAUUUAUAUCCCGCCCUCCCCAGCUGAACCCAGGCUCAGAGCGGCUAACCACAAUAAAAGUAACCCAGUUUACCUAAAAUCAAAAUCGAUUAAUUUAAAUUCAUUCUAAAAUCAAAUUAAUGGCAACCAUUGGGCUAGAGUUCUGUGAGGAUAGACUAGAAAAAUAAAAAUGGUUAAAAAAACGGUUAUUUUUCUAGUCUUUUCUUUUUCUUUUUCUUUAUUGUGAUGUGAUGUUUUGUUUUUGCUUAAUAUGCUGUCUUCUAUUUUUUCUUUUUAUAACCUUUUAAAUCUUAAUAAAUAUUAUUUUUUUAAAAAUAGAGUUCUGUGAGGAUGCCUUCUGCCUCUCCUCCUCACAGACUCGCCCUCUUUUCUCCAGAUACGCACCGGGAAAUUGAGGCACGCCUCUUGGGCUCGGGGCCGGAGGACGAAGGGGCCGCGGUGGUCUUCCUCCGAGAAACCGAGACCUCCCCGGAUGAGGAGGGCGAGGAAGAGGGCGAGGAAGAGGACGAAAAUGCCCGCCAGGUGCUGGAGGAGCUGAAGGGCACCGUCGCCAGCGCCUGCCCCGGUUUGCUCAGGGUCCACCGGGUGCCCCGAGCUGCGGCCCCCGGCGCCCUUCGCCAGAAGCCGCAACCCAAACACCUCAAGGAGCUGUGCGACCAGUUUGUGGCCGUCGCCAACUACCAAGCGCUCCGGGGCCUGUGGGCGCGGGAAGGGCACCCCGGCGGUGGGCGGCUGCUGCAGGAACUCGGCCACCAUGCCACCCUGGCCCGGGAGCGUUGCCACACCCCGUGCUGGCGACCAGAGUUGGUGGACUCCCUCUGCCAGCGCCUGAGGGACAGCCUGCCACGGUGCCACCCUCCCCUCGUGGUCCACGGGCCGCCCGGCUGCGGCAAGACCGUCCUUCUGUGCCACCUGCGAGGGGCGGCUUGCCAGGCCCUGGGACCCAAGGCGGUGGUGGUUUUCCGGCUGCUGGGGGCAUCGCAGGACAGCUGCGGGCGCGACGCCCUCCUUGCCAGCCUCUGCCAGCAGGUUUGCCUGGCACUGGGGCUGUACCUGCCGGGCACCGGUGACCCUCUUCUGUGCUUCCACCACAUGCUCCUCUCGGCUUCCCGCCAGGCCUCUCAGCCUCUGGUCUUGAUCCUCGAUGCAAUGGAGAAUCUGGGCACCGCCUGGCUGCCGGCGGUCUGCCCUCCCGGGGUGCAGCUGGUCGUCUCUGCCCGGGACGAGGGUGGCAGCGGUGGUGCUUUCGGCGGGGACCCCUUCGUGGUGGCCCCUCUCUCUGCCGAGGAGGCUGGCAAGGCUCUGGCCGAGAGCUUGGCAUCCGCAGGGCGUACCCUCCAGCCAGAACAGCAGGCACUUUUCCGGCAAGGUUUCUCCAACGGUGGGCAGGCGCUGGCACUGUCCCUCGCCCUUGCCGAGGCAAUUCGGUGGGCAUCGUACGGCCCGCUUUCGGCCCUGGCGGUCCCGCUCACGGCCACAGAGGCCGCGCACCGCCUCUGCGGGCGCAUGGAGGAAGCGCACGGAUCCGUGUUGGUGGCGAACGCCCUUGGCUACCUCGCUUGCGCCCGGUGAGAACCUACGUAUGUGUGCUUAUCUUUUUAGUGUAAAUUUAAUUAAGGUUUAUAGGGGAACAUACAAAACUUCAUCUCUUUCCGCUUUCUUAACCAAACCAAGACUUUUAUAUACCGUAUUUUUCUCUCUAUAAGACGCACCAGACCACAAGACGCACCUAGUUUUUGGAAGAGGAAAACAAGAAAAAAAAUAUUCUGAAUCCCAGAAGCCAGAACAGCAAGAGGGAUCCCUCUUGCUGUUCUGGCUUCUGGGAUAGCCGCGCAGUCUGCAUUCGCUCCAUGAGACGCACACACAUUUCCCCUUACUUUUUAGGAGGGAAAAAGUGAGUCUUAUAGAGCAAAAAACACGGUAUAUUAAAAAACAAACAGCAACCCUGGAAGGUAGGUGAAGCUGGUGUCAGGGAGUUCCUCUGCCUGAUUUCCUUCCUUCCAGGUCUUAUAUAGAUUAAACAAGAAACAACAGCCCUGGGAGGUAGGCAAAGCUUGUGUCAGGGAGUUCCUCUGCCUGAUUUCCUACCUUUUUUGUGUGUGUUUUUGCGCAGGAACGGCCUCUCUGAAGCAGAGAUGAAGGAUGUCCUGUCCCUGGACAACGAGGUCCUUUCCGAGGUGUACCGGUCGCACCCUCCGCCGGGCAAAGGGGUCCUCCGCCUGCCGCCCUUGCUGUGGUCCCGCCUGCACCGGGAUUUGAACCCGGAGCUGGAGGAGAAGUGGUCUGACGGCUUCGUGCUGAUGGGCUUCCUCCACAGGUCAGGGGCCACCCCUCUUCCUCCCCUCCUUUUCGGGGCUGCCAAGGGGUCCGGAAAGAGGCUCCUGCUUCUGCCAUGAAUGCAGCAGAACACCUGCUUGACAUGCAGAACGUUCCAGGUGACACGCUGGGCACCUCCAGGUAUGCGGAAGUAGUUUAAUGGCGAAUUUUGGACACAGCGGAGAGGUAGAAGAUUUUGGAUUAUCAUAGAAGAUGCGGGAGGAAAUGAUUGACAACAGCGACCCACAAAGGGGAGGGGGAAGUCCAGGAGAUUCUUUGGAAUCUUGUUCUUAUGUUGUAGGUUGCAUGUGCGACUGUAAAAUUUUGACCUGGAAAAAACAAAUUAAUACUGUAUUUUCCCGUGUAUAACACGCCCCCGUAAAUAAGACGCCCGCUAUUUUGGCAGACUCCAAUUUGAGAAAAUGGGGGAGAUUGGAUCCGUCUAUAAGAUGACCCACAAUUUUGAAUUUUGAAAUAAGAAAACCUAGUUUUAUACCCGGAAAAGUACAGUAUAUAUAAAAAGAAACUUAAUUGGCAAGAGAGAGAGAACUGUUGUUAAGUGAUAGCUAGACAGACAAAUGGUCUGGCUGGGGAUUAGGUCAAAUUCCUACGUCCUUCUUUAAACCAGUCCAUGAGGACUAGCCCCUUUGUUUUACUUUUAGGGGGUUGGGGGGCAGAGCUCAGGAGGUGCCAGCUUCGCCCUCCAAAUUGCAUCUUGAGGUGGGGCUCGGGACGCCCCCAGAGCCCGAAACCCCACUGCCCAUCCGAAGCUUGUCCUGACCAUCGCUCCUUCCUCUGCCCAGGGAGUUUUCGGCGGUGGUGGAGGAGCGCUACCUGUCUCAGCCGGAGGACCACGUCCGGCGCCACCUGCUUCUGGCCGAUUUCUUCCGGGGGACCUGGAGUUGGGGGGCCAAGAAGCCCGUCGUGCUGCCCUCCUCCGCCAAGCCUGUGAGCGUUGACAGGAAGGUGAAGCUCUGGGGACCCCGAAAGCGCCAGGAGGGCUGGCAGGGGGAGACACCAGGGCGUGGGACGUCGGGGGGGGCCUUUCCCUUGUUGGCCAGACGUGGGGGGGUUCAUUUCACUUCAUUCUUUUUUAUUCUUUAUUUUUUCAUUUCAUUAUUUUUAUUUCUUAUUUUUCAUUUCAUUUUGUUCUUUUUUAUUCUUUAUUUUUUCAUUUCAUGUCAUUCUUUUUAAUUUUUUCGUUUCAAUUCAUUCUUUUUUAUUCUUUAUUUUUUCAUUUCAUGUCAUUCUUUUUAAUUUAUUUUUUCGUUUCAAUUCAUUCUUUUUUAUUCUUUAUUUUUUAUUUCAUUCUUUUUUAUUCUUUAUUUUUUCAUUUCAUGAUUUCAUUAUUUCUAUGCUUUAUUUUUUCAUUUCAUUCUUUUUUAUUCUUCAUUCUUCAUUUCGUUUCAUAAUGUCCUUAUUUUUUAUUCUUUAAAAAAGCCCCGUCUUCCUUCCCUCUCACCCAGGUGACGCCGCAGCCGUUGUGGUUCUCCAGCCGUCUUCCCAACCGGAGGAAGCUGAGCGAACAGCCGUUCCACUUGCUCCACGGGGGACGGAUGGAGGAGCUGCGCCGAGACGUACUGGGUGAGCGGGAAAAGCUCCUGUGCCUUCGUUGCCCCUCUUUUCCACGGGAGAAACGUUGGAGGGGAUGGAAUAGGACGUCCCUAUUUUCAGGGGAGAAACGUCGGAGGGGAUGGAAUAGGACGUCCCUCUUUUCACAGGAGAAACGUUGGAGUAAACGUGCUUUCCCUCUCCCUCCGACAGGGAACAUGGCCUGGAUCUCCUGCAGGGUGGCUUCCUCUGGAGUGCGGAUCCUGGCCGCGGACUUUGCCCUGUGCCUGACUCACCUCUUCUGCCCGGAGCUGCGUUUGGUACGGGACUGCCUGCUCCUGCUCCUGGAUCCCAGUGUGGACGAUGCUGAGGGCCGUUUAGGUGGGUCUGUUGCUCUUAAACAAUCUCCACGUUCCUGACCUUCGAAGACAAAUCCCUUCCUUUUGGCUAAGCCUACUCUGCAGGGCUGUUGUUGCACAGAUAAAACGGGGAGGGCGAGAACCAGGGAGCCUGAGUUGAGCUGCUCAGAAGAAGAGGCGGGUUGGGUGCAAAUGCAAUAACGAAAUAAAUGCUGUGUGUGUUGUUGCAGGAAUUUAUGGUAUAGCUUGGGGUGGUUGCCCCUCCAGCAGAUAUCAUGCACAUGCAGCCCACUACCAAAACCAGCACCAUCACUUUUUGUGAUUUGUCCCCACAAAACACUUCAUCACACUUUCUUCCUAUCUAUUCAAAGGGCCUCUGCUGCACAAUACCAAAUGUCAGAAUUCACUGAUAAAUCUCUGUACUGGCUCACUGGGAAAACUUCAGAAAUUCCUAUAGACAUGUGAGCUCAGCUCCUCAGCAGCCCCUCCGCCUGAGUGAUAAUUCCUGGCCUCCUGAUACCUGAGUGCCAGACAGGUAGCCAUGCCAGAAAUAACAAUCCCAGAUGAGGACAAAAGGGUGUGAUGAACUUGGCUGGGAAACAGGGAAAUGUAAAUAUCUUUUUUGUUACACUUGAUGGGUGUUUGGUGGAGGGUGAGGGGAACCAUGGGGCAGGGUCCAGGAUGCUCAGAUUCUGGCCACCAGACCUCCCCUUUCAUGAUGUAUGAGUGAUGUAGUUUGGGGGGGGGUGUAACAUGGGGAUGAGCAGCUAAUAAAAGUUUGUGUCUUCUUUUGUUCUGGGCUUCCAUCUUGUUCCACCUGGUGGCAGGUGGGAGUCCUGUCGCGACUGUCUUCAAUCAAGACCAAGCCUACUGGCUGCUGUUUUGCUCUGGGAUUCCUGGCUGGGGUCCUUGUUUUUUUGUCCAAGGGAGCCCUCAGAUUUCUCCGUUAACAGGGUGCAAAUGCAAUAACGAAAUAAUCAUUGUGUGUUUGAGACCAUCCCCUGUCUCCUCGCCCCUCCAGAACCAAACGUGGUCUACACAGAGAUGCUGGCGCGGUUGGAGUCGCUGGUGCCCUCGUACCCAGGCGGCCUGAUCGCGGGUCUUUGCCAGCAGUGCAAGAGCUGGCUUGGAUCACGGCCCCAUCCAUCCCUCGUCCCUCUCGCCGGCUUCCUUGACCCACCGGACGGGCCUCUGCGGAAGACGCUGCCAGGAUUCCCCAAAGGUGGGUGUCGGCAUUUGCACGGGUGACCCCCACGAUAUCAGGAGAGCCCUGGCAGGAAGCAGCGGCUGGGUCAUCCAAAGCCACAGCUCCCAAAACUUGGGUCUGUUUUGGGACUACAACUCCCACCCUCCCUAGCUAGCAGGACCAGAGGUCAGGGAUAAUGGGAACUGUAGUUUGAAAAUAGCCGGAGACCUGAGUUUGGGAAGACAUGGUCUAAGCCCAGCUUCCUGCUCUCCUCCAUGAAUUUCACUGCCCACCCCUACCUCCUGCGGCAGAGAGUUCCGCAGGUUAACCCCCCAAGUCCUUCCUUUUCUCCGCCAGCCCAGACCGCUGGACCCACAGCCUGGUGGGCUAGGUGACCCACGCCAGAGCUGCCCCUCUGACCUGCCCCCACAAUUUGCAGGCACCUCCAUUCUGGAAGCCAGCCCCGACCACAGGAUGCUGUUGGCUGGCUCCUCGGACGGCUCCAUCAUCGUGUGGGACACAGAAGAUUUCUCGGUGCACCACGUCCUUCUCGGCCACUCGGGUGAGAAUCAGAAGGGAAGGGUGUUUUUGCCAGGCCACCUCUUGCUUACAAGGGGGGCAAAGGGCAGGCAGUGCCAGGCAGCUGCGAUUAACGGCGAAUUUUAAUCAGGGUGCACUGAGGUCCAGCUCCGAGAGCCUUCUGGCGGUUCGCUCCCUGCGAGAAGCGAAAUUACAGGAAACCAGGCAGAGGGCCUUCUCGGUGGUGGCACCCUCUCCCAUCGGAUGUCAAGGAAAUAAACAACUCUCUGACUUUUAUAAAAUUAAUAAUAAUCUCCCCCCGAUUCCUUGCAGCCGAAGUGAGGUGCCUGAGGGUCUUCGCCAGGGGUACCCGCGCCGUGUCGGUCGCCCAGGAUCGAACCCUGCGACUCUGGAGCCUGGAGUCUAGCAGGGAGGAAGCUGUUGUGCCCGCCGUCCCUGCAGGGGAUCAGGAGUGGUGCCAACUCAGCGUGGAUGACAAACACCAAAUGGUGUACUGGGUAUCUGGCUCAGAGGUGUGUAGACUGGCAUUAUAACGGGACAGCUACUGUUAAUCCUGAACUGUCCCUAGAAAACAGGGGCACUUGGAGAGUCCGGAUUGUUAACAGAAAAAUCCGAGGGCUCCUUUGGACAAAAACAAAGACACCAACCAGGAUAACUUGGAGCAAAACAGCAGCCUGUAGGCUUGGCCUUUAUUGAACUGUUGCAACAGGGUGCUCCCUCACCUGCAGGAGAGAGGAAAAGACACAGAAAAAUGGUGUGCAAGGCCUUAUAAAGACUUAUGAAAUUGCCACCCUGUAGAUCAAGACCACCCCCAGAAACAUCAUGCAUACAUCACAGAAAAGGAGGGGUUGAGGCAGGAGUUGUGGAGGUAACCUGAGUGUCCUGUCACCUGGCUGGUUCCCCCUUUCCCCCUCCCCAUGAGUAUUUUCCAGGUGACAGAGGGGAGUUUGCAGUUUCCUGCCCCCAGAGGGAAGAGCUGAUUAUUGUCCUUUGUUCCAGUCCAUGCUGAAUCCACUUCCAUAUGCAAGUCCUUUGUGAUCUUGAUGGUCUUCUGUCUGGGACCAUCAGGUUUGGCCUAGCAACUGGGCAGGGCUCCUGUGGAUGUGCUGGUAUGCAGAAGGGAUUAUGGCUGCCCUGUAUCAAACCUUCCCCAUUUUGUAGUCCUUCCUUCAUGGAGUAAAAUAAAAGUGGAACGGUGCAGAUCCGAUGUAUGGUUGAUUUUCUAUGAAUUUAUAACAGAAGCGUAGUGUAUGUAGUGUGUGAGUGUGUGUGAAGUUUGUACAAACUGAAUGACUGGGGGGUGUUUCCUGCGACAGUUUAUUCUGCAAUUCCACCAUGUUGCACGAUAGGAAAUGCCCUGUGUUUUGCCCACCAAGAGAGUCUCAACAGACCCUCCCUCUUUCCCGCAGGUGGAGGCCUGGCACCUGGGCACAGCGGCCCCCGCUUUCCGGAUCCUGGCCGAGCCCCCAGGCGGCUGGCUGUGCGCUGCUGUCUUCGUUCCUCGGCUGGUGGUGGCAACGGUGUCGGGGGGCUGCGUCCGCCUGUGGGACAGUCUCAGUGGGCAGUUCCUCUCCAAGCAGCAGCUGGGGGGGCUGCGAGAGGAUGCAGCCCCCACCUGCGGCGCUUUGCUCCGGAAAAUGGGCAGGAUGGUGUCCGGGUUCAGCGGGGGCUCCCUCCUGAUGGUGCCUGCUCUGGGGCAGGGGUUGUGGGCGGAGGGUCCGGGGCAACGCAGCCAGAGUUGGGGGCAAAUAAUAAAACUACAAAGAAUAAAAUUCUGAUUACAGUGGCACCUUGGUUCUCAAACCCAGAAUUUCCCCAUUUCCCGCCCUCCCAGUGGCGCUGAGCUCAGAAAGGAGGAUGUGCAGGGAAUCUCAACUGAUUUAAAAAGGGAUUCCAAUUCAUAUAUAGUGGCACCUUGGUUCCUCAAGCGUAUGAACAUUUAUCUUUUGAUAAUCAAUAAAAGCAGACAGAUUUGUUUUAAUCUGGUAUAUAGGGAUAGGUAAAGGUAAAGGUACCCCUCCCCGUACAGGCCAGUCGUGUCCGACUCUAGGGUUGUGCGCCCAUCUCACUCUAGACCCCGGGGGCCAGCGCUGUCCGGAGACACUUCCGGGUCACGUGGCCAGUGUGACGAAGCUGCUCUGGCGAGCCAGCACCAACGCAGCACACGGAAACGCCAUUUACCUUCCCGCUAUAAAGCGGUACCUAUUUAUCUACUUGCACUUAAGGGUGCUUUCGAACUGCUAGGUGGGCAGGAGCUGGGACCGAAAGACGGGAGCUCACCCCGCCGCGGGGAUUCGAACCGCCAACCAUGCGAUCGGCAAGUCCUAGGCACUGAGGUUUUACGCACAGCGCCCCCCGCGUCCCCUGUAUAUAGGGAUACAUCCAUGUAAAUAUUGAUGAGUGUCCAUAAAAAUAGCCGUAUUCCUUUUAAUCUGGUAUGUACUGAUCCUCAUUAAUGUCGAAAACUACAGUUGGUACCUUGGUUCUCAAACUGAAUCCGUUCCGGAAAUUCCGUUCCAAAACCGAAGCAUUCCAAAACCAAGACAGCGCUUUCCCAUAGAAAGGAAUGAAUAUGCCCUUCUAUCUCUUUUUCUAUAAUAUGGGCAUAUUUCAAUUGCAAUAGCUUCAUUUCUUGUUUUAAUAUCCCAAUUUCCCCCCGAUACAGUUGUUGUUGUUUUUCUUCUCAAUUUCCUCUAAUAAGUCUAAUUUUUUUCCUCUCUCUCUCUUUUUCCUUCUAAUUGAGUUCUGUUGUAUCAAGUAACCUCUGGCCACAGCCUUGCUAGCGUCCCAAACGACUUUGAUAUCCACAUCUUGGCUGCAAUUUAGAUCAAAAUAUUCUUUCGUUAAUUCUUUAGCUCCUUGCAGUAUUUCUUCAUCAUUAAGUAACGCUACAUUCAUCCUCCAUCUCCUAGACUCUCUUUCCCCUUUCCCCCUUCAUAUUAAUACAACUGGAUUGUGGUCUGAAAUUGUUCUAGGUUGCAAAAGGGAUUAACCCGUUCCAGACUUUUAAAAACAAUCCCUAAGAGUCCAUAGCUGUCAACUUUGCCCUUUUCUUGCGAGGAAUCCUAUUUGGAAUAAGGGAACUUCCCUUAAAAAAAAGGAAAACUUUGACAGCUAUGCCUAAGACAGCCAUUUAACGUGAAUUUUGCUAUCCAACGAGGCCAUUGAUCCGUAAAACGAAAGCAAGAAUAAAGUAGAGCUGGUUUAAAGAGGUCUCCUGCGGAGUCAGGGCAACUGGCCCAUCCUGAUCAAGCGUAUUCGUCUGCACUGGCUGGCAGCAGCGGCCAGUGAAUGCGUGUUAGGGGGCUGGGGGGACUCCAAGCCUGCCGCUCUGAGGCCGCCUUCUUCCCUAUAGGUCUCCUUGGAGGGAAAUAGCCUCCUGGAGAAGCUCCCAGAAAAGAUCUGCUUCGUGGCGCUUUCGGAAGACGAGUCUCUUCUCGCCGCAGGUUUGUUUCCUUGAGAUCCUGCCUCCACAGGCAACGGAACAUUUUUAGGGAUAUAGGGGCAGGACCCCAAUGUUUGGUGCCCCUUCAAAUUCACGCGACACUUCCCAAUCCUUGCUUUCCCGAAGAAACGGACUGCAAGAUUCGCCUUUUUCCGAAUCUUGCAUUGCGGUGCGCCCCUCACGUGCAAAGGCAUGGACUGAGGUGGAGUGUGCGUAAAAAUGCAGAUAACACGCCAAAAGGCAUUCUGCAGGGAGGGAGAACGACCUUGCAAAAAUGAGGCAAAAUGAAAGACGAAUGAGGGGAAAUUCAUGUUAAAGUAGUGACGAAUUUUCACGGCGACUCUCCAUGAAAAAGUGCAAAUUGUCCAUCAAAUAAAAUUUUAUUUGAUGGACAUGAUGUUUAAUAAAUUUUUUGUUCUUUUUUUUUUUCAUUUCUUUUUUUCCUUUUUUGGUCUUUUCAAAUUUUUUCUUGAUUUUACGUCGUGAUGAUCUUUUCCUUUUGUAUUUAACUUUGUUAUACUUACCUUUGUUGUAUGUUUGUAUUUUAAACCAAUAAAGAUUUAUUUUAAAAAGGGAGGGGAAAAGAAAAAGUGGAAAUUAAUGCGGAAAUAACUGAGUGCUGGGACCUUAUUCCUGUUGGUCGCUCACAGAGCAAGAGCAGGGACUGGGUAAUGUUAGGAACCACCUUCCUGCGAGGAGCUUUUUGCACGUGCUCAGAAGCACUCUUGUCCCUUCUGGCGCUUCCCCCCUGACCACAGCCUUGCUUCGCAGCGAAGGCCAAACCCUCGUUCAAACCAAGCUCUGCCUUGCCUUCCAGGAUUUGGGCGUCGAGUGCGAAUCUUCCGGCCCGACCCGACAGGCUUCCACCAAGUCCUGAACUCCGAUUUGCUGCACAAUGAGGAAGUCUGUGCGGCUGCCAUCGCUGCCGACAACACCACCGUGUUCACGAGCUCUUGGAGCGAGUGCAUCUGGGUAAGGCGCCCCUUCUCUGGAGGUUUUUAAGCAGAGGUUGGAUGGCCAGAUGAUGCUUUAGCCAAGAUUCCUGCAUUGCAGGAGGUUGGACUAGAUGACCGCUGGGGGGCCCUUUCCAACUCUACGAUUCUAUGAUUUUAAGAGGCAGAAGGACCAGCCUUCUAGCCCGGGGUGGGGGCAAUGUGGCAAUCGCGAACCCACAAAGUAAGCCCUACAAAAUCCAAGUUCCAAAACAUUUGGAAACCGAGGUGCAAAGGGCGGUCUGCAAAUUUAAUAGAGAAAUUGAGAACAAUAACAUAUACAUUCAGCGGAAGGCGUUUGACUUCCGAGGCACAUUCAAUAAUGGAAGCGUUUACUUCCGGGUUUACGGCGUUCGAAAACUGAAACGUUCGUCAACGGAGAUGGUCGAAAACCGAGGUAGCACUGUAUCAUAUGAUAAAACAUACCCUCUUUCCUUUUACAUUUCCAGCACACAUUUGAACGGCUUCUAUACAGUGGUACCUCGCGUUACAGAUGCUUCAGGUUACAGACUCCGCUAUCCCAGAAAUAGUACCUCGGGUUAAGAACUUUGCUUCAGAAUGAGAACAGAAAUCGCGUGGUGGUGGCAGCAGUGGGAGGCCCCAUUAGCUAAAGUGGUACCUCAGGUUAAGAACAGUUUCAGGUUAAGAACAGACCUCUGGAACGAAUUAAGUACUUAACCCGAGGUACCACUGUACAACUUCGCAAUUUUACUAGGUGUCAAAUAUUAGCAACAUAUCAUUGUCAUAUAAUUUUCUUUCAACGAACAGCAGGUUGUAAACUUCAAGUCCUCUCUCCAAAACUUUUCCCAUGAUGAAAACUGUAUACUAUAGCCAAAAUCUCCUGCCCAGUGUAUCAUUACUGAUUUAACUUCUUCAUCUUUAGUAAACCAGUGUAGGGAUCAGAUGGGAUUACCAUGAGGAAUUAUAAUAUACAUCAGGCCAUUGUGUCCACGAUGAACGCAUUGUGUUGACUGGGUUUGAUACAUUGAUGAUAAUUUCUGAUUAAAUCCCAUAAGAUUCUACAUUCAUGCCCUUUUGCCUCUACUGCCCAUUUCUCUCUCUCUUCACAAGUCACGUACACACUUCGACAGGCAGGCAGGCGUCCUGGGUCAUCUAAAGACUAUGGGCAGUUUCUUUGCUGUAGCUUUUCUAAUUGUUAAUCUUAGGAUGUUAAUCUUCGGGCCAGGAAACAGGUUUCACAUUAAGGUGAUAAUGGUCACUGUCCUCCUGGCCAUCAUGUGUACUGAUUGUUUAUGACCUCCGGGGUUGCUGUAUUCCUCCUUUGUAGUUUUCAUUCAUUUACUCCAGAGUAUGUAUGCCUAACUAGUGUUUAUAAUUUAACUUUGUCCCCACUUGAGGUUUGUUUGAAUGCUCAGAGGAAAUCUGAUUGGUUCUUAUGAGCACUGUGUAAAAGAUUCUUUUGCUAAUAAAAUGGCCUGGUGAAGUGGACGCACUCCCUCCGAGAGCCUUGCUGGUCAAAGCCUCGUGUCUUCUUUUAAUCAGGGUCCGAUCCUUUCCUUUGGCCUCAGAACGCAACAAACCAGAGACUCUUAAUCUCAGGAGAAUUUACUUCCGGGUUUCCGGGAGCCGAAACGUUCCAAAACGGAGCCGUUUGAGAACCGAGGUUUGACUGUAGCGCUCUUCUCCCCAGGCGUGGCGUCUGGGCCAGGAGGGCUGGCUGAGGGAUGUCUGGGGGGACCAAGGACCACCCGCCACCCACCUGACCCUCUGCGGCUCCCUGCUGGUGUCCGCCUCUCCCCACGCACCUUACCUCCGGGUCUGGGACCCCGGCGACGACCCUGGGUGCAAACCCUUGCCGCCUUGCAUGGCCGGCGCGAAGUGCGUGGGGCUCUCCGGCGGCGGAAAAUACAUCUGCUUCCCCCGGUCCCUCGAGAGCUGCGAGCUGGUCCUUUGGGACGUGGAAGAAGGUGAGUUUAUUUAUUUAUUUCGUAUAUGAUUUUCAUCAAUGUCUUUUUUGACACGGUAUUUCCAGCAUUCCGGUAUACUGUAUGCUGAAAUGGCAGAAGUGACUUUGAAAUUAAGGGAAAGAGAUGAUGAUGAAUGUAAAGAAGAAUGGAAGGACUUUAUUGUAUAUACACAGGAGCAAGGCACACAGAGGGACGUGGGUGGCACUGUGGGUUAAACCAAAGAGCCUAGGACUUGCCGAUCAGAAGGUUGGCGGUUCGAAUCCCCGUGACGGGGUGAGCUCCCGUUGCUCGGUCCCUGCUCCUGCCAACCUAGCAGUUCGAAAGCAUGUCAAAGUGCAAGCAGAUAAAUAGGUACCGCUCCGGCAGGAAGGUAAACGGCGUUUCUGUGCGCUGCUCUGGUUCGCCAGAAGCGGCUUAGUCCUGCUGGCCACAUGACCCAGAAGCUGUACGCCGGCUCCCUCGGCCAAUAAAGCGAGAUGAGCGCCGCAACCCCAGAGCCGUCCACGACUGGACCUAACGGUCAGGGGUCCCUUUACCUUUUAAGGUACACAGGUUAAUACAUUAGCAGGAUUUUGAAAAAUACUUGUAAAGACAUUAUGACUGGGCAAGAAGUAAGCUUAAUUUAAAAUGGACAUGCGGUAUGAUGAUAAAGAAUGGAACCAAGAAAGGGAAUGGGGGGGGAGUCAACUCUGUUUUUUCUGUGUUUGAAUAUGUAUUGAUGUUUUUAUUUUUCGUUGUUUUUGGAAAAAUUAUAAAAUACAGUGGACGCUUGGUUUGCGAAUAUGAUCUGUGCGGGAUGCACAUUCGCAACCCACAGCAGCACUUCUGCACACACAUGGGUUGCGAUUCGGUGCUUCUAUGCAUGUGCAAAGCGCAAUUUAGCGCUUUUGCGUAUGCACGACCACCGAAACCCGGAAGUAACCCAUUCCAGACGCAGGUGGCGCUGUGGGUUAAACCACUGAGCCUAGGACUUGCCGAUCAGAAGGUCGGCGGUUCGAAUCCCCGCAAUGCCGGGGUGAGCUCCCGUUGCUCGGUCCCUGCUCCUGCCAACCUAGCAGUUCGAAAGCACCUCAAAGUGCAAGUAGAUAAAUAGGUACCGCUCCGGCGGGAAGGUAAACGGCGUUUCUGUGCGCUGCUCUGGUUCGCCAGAAGCGGCUCAGUCCUGCUGGCCACAUGACCUGGAAGCUGUAUGCCGGCUCCCUUGGCCAGUAAAGCGAGAUGAGCGCCGCAACCCCAGAGUUGGCCGCGACUGGACCUAAUGGUCAGGGGUCCCUUUACCUUUACCUUUAACCUGAAAGAAACGCAACCUGAAGCGUCUGUAACCCGAGGUAUGACUGUAAAAUAUUUUUUAAAUUAAAAAACCCACCUGUGCCCCCGCAGGAGAGGAGCGCGAGACGCUGGACACCUCGGCUGCCGUGCGGUGCCUGGAAGUGGCCCCCCAGAGAAACCUGGCCUUUGUGGGGCUGGCGUCCGGGACGGUGCUGGUCUUCCCCUUGGACUUGCCGCAGGACGUCGGGUGCAUCCCUCCGGCAGAGAACCGGAAGCCCGUCUGCGCCUUGGCCUUGGCCCGGAGCGAGGAGCAAGUGGCCGUGGCUUGCGAGGAUCUGGUGCAGGUCUUGGACGUGGGCCAGGGACACCCGGGGCCCCUAAUCGACCGGCCGGCCUUCUCCUUCUACACCCAGAUCCCAGGCGCCGACAUCUCCUGCGUGGCCCUGCUGGGCGGCUACCGGGUGCUCUACGGCAUGACCACCGGGCAGCUGUUCCUCUACCACUGCCCCCGGGGCCAGGUGUUCGCCCUGGAAGCCCAUGGAAGCAGCGGCGUCACCUGCUUGCAGACCAGCCACGGGGAGGCCUGGGCGCUCAGCGGGGCGGCCGACUCUCUGCAGUGCCUCUGGGAUGUGGAUCGGUGCCGCUGGGAGCAUCGGAUGUCUUUCCGAAAGGUGUGUCUCCCCUCCGGAUCCCGCCCUGCGCCGUCCCAAGAAUGUUGUUGUUGUUUAGUCGUUUAGUCAUGUCCGCCUCUCUGUGACCCCCUGGACCAGAGCACGCCAGGCCCUCCUAUCUUCCACUGCCUCCCGCAGUUUGGUCAAACUCAUGUUAGUAGCUUCGAGAACACUGUCCCAGCAUCUCGUCCUCCGUCGUCCCCUUCUCCUUGCGCCCUCCAUCUUCCCCAACAUCAGGGUCUUUUCCAGGGAGUCUUCUCUUCUCAUGGGGUGGCCAAAGUCUUGGAGCCUCAGCUUCAGGAUCUGUCCUUCCAGUGAGCACUCAGGGCUGAUUUCCUUCAGAAUGGAGAGGUUGGAUCUUCUUGCAGUCCAUGGGACUCUCAAGAGUCUCCUCCAGCACCAGAAUUCAAAAGCACCCAUUCUUUGGCGAUCAGCCUUAUUUAUGGUCCAGCUCUCCCUUCCCAAGAAUGGCCAUCGCCUAUUCAGGGGUCAGCAACCUUUUUCAGCAGCGGGCCGGUCCGCUGUCCCUCAGACCUUGUGGGGGGCCGGACUACAUUUUUAUUUUGGAGAGAGAAAAUGUACGAAUUCCUAUGCCCCACAAAUAACCCGGAGAUGCAUUUGAAAUAAAAGCACACAUUCUACUCUCUCUCAAAACGCCUUUGCCAUGUCUGUUCCUCGUUCCCAGGAAGAUUCCUUCGCGCAAGGCGUGCUCUGUGCCUGCUUCUCGACGGAUGACCGGCUGCUCUUCACUGCCUCCCUCGAUCAGUGUGUGACGGUGUGGGACGUCUCGUGUGGUGAGCGAGCCCCCUGGCCAUCUUUGAACUGCUUGCAGCGGUGGCUUCCCCUCGUUGAGUCUCCAGCUGUCUUUGGACCGCAAUAGCCAGCAGGACCAGUGGUUGGGGAUACAGUGGACACUCACGUUGCGAACGUGAUCCGUGCGGGAUGCGCGUCCGCAACUCGCAGUGCCGCAUCUGUGCGAUUUCGCGCUUCUGCACAUGCGCAAAGCGCUAUUUAGUGUUUCUGCGCAUGCAUGAGCGCCGAAACCUGGAAGUAACCCAUUCCAGUACUUCCAGGUUUCGGUGCGAAAACACGCAACCUCUCUAAUCUGAGGUAUGACUAUAUUAUUAUUAUUAUUAUUAUUACUACUACUAAUUGAAUUUACCGUAUUUUUUGCUGUAUAAGACUCACUUUUUCCCUCCUAAAAAGCAAGGGGGAAUGUGUGUGCGUCUUAUGGAGCGAAUGCAGGCUGCGCAGCUAUCCCAGAAGCCAGAAUAGCAAGAGGGAUCGCUGCUUUCACUGUGCAGCGAUCCCUCUUGCUGUUCUGGCUUCUGAGAUUCAGAAUAUUUUUUUUCUUGUUUUCCUCCACCAAAAACUAGGUGCGUCUUGUGGUCUGGUGCAUCUUAUAGAGCGAAAAAUACGGUAUAUACUGCCCUAUACGCAGGGGUCUCAAGGCGGUUCACAGAAUAAGUGAAUGGGAAUUGCGGGGUGAUGGGAUUUGCGGUCUGGAAACGGCCAGGGACCCGAGUUCGAGAAACCCUAAGUAGGCAAUACUGAGCUAACUUGGGAGGAGGCAGACUUUCUAUGCCUGGGGGGCAUUUCACAGUAUGUUUCUUGCGCCACCAGGGGCCCUGUUGGCCGCCCAGCUUGUGCACGCGAGGGUGACCAGGAUCGUGCCAACGCCGGACGGCUUCGUGGCGGCGACAAGACUCGGCUACCUCGUCCGGGAGAGGUUCCUCCGCUCGCCGUCCACCAGCUCUCGCUACGACCCGCUGGGCGGCAUCAGAGCUGCGUGGAGAGUGACGUCUCGGAGGACCGGCGGAGAGGAGGAUGAGGACGUCCCCAGUGGGCAGAUGGGGCGCCAGGGGGACCACGCAACCCAUGCCGGGCACAGCCACCUCAACAACAAGCUUUCGCAGAUUUGCAGGAUUGGGUAA